AUGAUGCUUGCCGUCGCAGCAGUCGUCGUGGUCCUCUCCUCGAUCCCGUUCGCUGCGGCGGGAUCGCUUCUUGGCGGCUGGUCCGCCGUGAAAGGCGCGGCAAAAAGUAAGGAAGUGAAGGAAGUGGCCAGCUUCGCCGUCGACGCGUACAACAAGCAACAGGGCAAGAGCCUCAAGUUGGUCUCGGUCGUGAGUGCGAAGAGCCAGGUGGUCGCCGGCACCAACUGGAUCAUCACUCUGAAAGCCGCCGCCGUUACCCCAGUAGCACGCCACUUGGGACGCCGCCGCGCCUCCCCACCCGUGACCACCUACGUGGCGGAGGUUUUUCAGAGCCUGUGGCCGGUGGGAGAAGACCCGACGGUUGCAGCACAGCCGGCGGACGCGGCACAGCCUGUGGGCAAUGGGCAGCCAGCGGUGGGCAAUGGGCAGCCGGUGGUGAGCAAUGGGAAGCCGGCGGUGGGCAACGGGCAGCCGGUGGUGAGCAAUGGGCAGCCGGUGGUGAGCAAUGAACAACCUGUGGUGGAUGGACAGUCAGGCGCGGCACAGUCGGUCAUGAGCCGGCGGCACAAGACGGUGUUGGCGGAUUAUCUCAAGCUGGUCUCCUUUUCCAAGGAGAAUUGA